AUGAGUGAUCCUAAUAGAAUUGGCGGUGAAUUAGAUGAAUGCAAGGUGUACAAUUUCCAUCAAAAAUCUUUUAUUAAUGGAUAUAAAGCAUCAAAACGGCCUUGGAAAAGUGAAAACAUGACA